UCUCUUAUUAUUUUUUUUAUAUAAUCCGAAAAUAAGGCAGCUUCUUAACAAACUUUUUUCAAAUAAUGGGCUGAAUAUAUUGUACUAGUCAAUUUGUUUUUCUAUAAAUUAAUUUUUCUCAGCAUUUUGUAAUACUCUCACAUUAUGAAGACUACUUUUGUUUGGUUCUCUGUUUUGCUCUUGUUGUUGGCAAUGGUAGUUUUGGUUUGCUCUGUUUCUUAUGACAAUGGAGGCACAUCAUCGAAUACUCCUGGAAUGGAGCAUAAUGAAUUGACAGUGACUAUCAAAAGCAGAAAGCUACAGGUCAAUGGCUAUGGAGCAAGCAGGUUCGAUGAUGCAGGAAAGAUAAAUCUGGAAGAUUAUCGUCCGAUAGAUCCAGUUCCAAGCUCAAAAGCUUCAGUAAGACCAGGGCCUAUACAGCAUGGGACUCCUCUUAUGCCUUAUAUUCCUAAGCAGCCUUCACCUCCUCCUCCGACUCGCUCCAACCCCGUUGGGUUUCCAUAGGCAUGAUCCGUUCUCACGGAUCAUUGCCUAGGGUGAUGAGGUGAUGAGACAAGGUGUAGCACAGUAUGGUCAGCGCAUCGCAUAUUCUAAUGUUAAGAAGAAUGUAAUAAACUCAAAAGAACAAUGUGUGUUUUAUUUGUUUUUCUUGUAAAAUUUAAUUGGAGCCUUCAUGUAUUAGAGGUUCAUAUUUGUACCUUAUCUAGAUGGUACGUAUAACGUACUUUCUUAAAAAAUAAGUUAAUUCCAUUAAUGAGUAUACUCUCUGUUCCAAUAUGUAUGUGAUUGUGUAAUGAUAUU